AUGAGGACAUAUGAAGAAUAAAAUUGGAAUAGAUUUUGAAAAUGGCAUUCACAGUGUGGGGUGUGAAUUUACCGUAUCGCCCUCUACUUCAAUCGGCCGUUUCCGCGCAGCACACUGUCGCCGGGAGCAGCAGCUUCACUUGGAACGACGUCGUCAGCUUAACCCCUAAACAUGACUCUUCCCACCUCCGCGGCUUCUUCCACCAAGUCGCUCUCUGCAAUCGCAAUUCCGAAAAGAUGUGUGAAUUUAUGCCGUUUGUGAUUGAACAACAGGUCGUUGGCUACGUGCAUCACGGGUUUGCCGAUCAUUUGAGGACUUUUAAAGAUGUAUUCAUUUUUCCAGAAGGCUCAUCUUAUGGCAGCAAUUUCAGAUUCCAUUUAGCAUUGCAUCCAUUGCUGAGUACGCCUGAGGACAGGACAAAAGCUGUUGCAGAUGUGGUCAAGUGCUUCGCUAACAAACUUAUACCAGGAAUUCGAAAUGAGCUCUAUCCUGUUACGUCCUCUUUCGGGACGCCGGAAUAUUUCUCUCUGGAACGUGCAGCAGCACCAUAUUUUGGGAUAAAGGCUUAUGGAAUUCAUUUAAAUGGCUAUGUUGAAGGAGAGAAGCAGGACUAUUUGUGGGUAGGGAAGAGAAGUAAUACAAAGUCCAAAUAUCCUGGCCAGCUUGAUCAUUUGGUUGCUGGGGGCCUGCCUCAUGGAAUAUCCUGCAUGGAGAAUGUUGUGAAGGAAUGCAAAGAAGAGGCUGGGAUACCAAGGUCUAUUUCCAGCAAGGCCAAAGCUGUCGGUGCUGUAACUUACUCGGACAUUGAUGGAUAUAGAUUCAAUAGAGAUGUUCUUUUCUGUUAUGAUCUGAAGCUUCCCGAGGAUUUUCUUCCUACAAAUGAGGAUGGAGAGGUGGAAAGCUUUAGACUACUCCCUGUUGAACUUGUUGCAAAUAUCAUAAAAAGCACACAAUAUUACAAGGCAAACUGCAAUCUUGUUAUUAUAGAUUUCCUGUUUCGCCAUGGGUAUAUCAAACCUGAAGCGCCUGGAUAUUUGAAGUUAUUGCAGAGUCUGAGAAGUGGAGAAUGCACAUAAAUUUCACUCCUUCAUAAAAGAAAGAACUGUGACAGUUUUCGAAGGCUCUGUUCACUAGUGGAUUUGUCGAAAAAGAAUUUAUAGUCAUUCGUUGAUUAUAUUGAAGCACAUUAGAGCCCGUAAAAUAAAAUCCAUUUGUUAGAAACGAAUACUACAUUUUAAUGCAUCUUUCUCGAGUCUUGCUCCAAUAAUAAUAAUUGUAUUGAUUAUAUUGAAGCACGCUAAUACUUCAGGAUUUACUGAACGAAUUUUUUAGCAA